AUGUCGGCCAACAUGGAUCGCAGCUUGGACGAGAUCCUUGCGGAGAAGAAGAGCGAUCAACCUCGCAACCGCCGACGAGGUGGCGGAGGCGGUCACCGCGAUGGCGGCCGAGAUGGCGGCCGAGAUGGUGGCCGGGAUGGCGGUCGUGACAGCGGUCGUGAUGGAGGUGGCCGGUCCUACAGGCGCGACGAGCGUUACGACUACCCUCGUGACGGUGUCAAAAAGUCUUACCGCGACGACUCGCGCCACCUUGACAGCGAAUGGGUUCAUGACCGUUACGAAGAAGACUACAAAGCGAAGGGCUUGUUCAAUAGGAUCGGGCCUGUCGUCAGGCUGAAUCUUCGCUACGACCGCGCGGGUCGAUCUGAGGGCGUUGCAUAUGUCACUUAUGAGCACCCUGACGAUGCCCGGCAGGCGAUUCGGGAGUUCGAUGGUGCCAACGCCAAAUGGUUCGUCCAUGGCUCGCAACUCAUUGGCGUAACGACAUGGACGACUGACAACUUCACAGGCCAACCGAUCCGACUCUCAAUUGUGCCCAACGGACGUGACUCGCGCCUUCGUGGCGGACGCAACCCCUUCGACACUGCCGUGAUGCCGGGCCGUCCCCUCGCUGACCGCAUCUCAGUGCCGUACGGUCGGUCCCGAUCUCUCUCGCCGUCCCGCAACCAGGACCUCGAUGACGCUGUUACUAAGGGCAUUGAUCGCUAUGUUCCUGGCAGGCGCUCCCGUAGCCCUAUGCCCAGACGACGCGGCGGCGGCGGUGGACGCCGUCCCGGUGCUCGCAGAGAGGAGGGUAGAGACCAGCAGGGAAGCCGCGGUCCCGAACGCACAAGGGGCGGCCGGCCCAAGAAGACGGCAGAGGAGCUCGACGACGAGAUGGCGGAUUACUUUGGCGGGGGCUCAGCUGGCCCUGCCGAGACUGGUGCUGCUGAGAAGACGGCCGCUCCUGCUGCUGUUGAUGAUAUGGAUAUGAUUGAGUGA